UACAAAUUUGCAAUUUCAGAAUAAGAAUAUAUGCACAUGCGCCAUGUUCUAGUUUCGACUACCGAAACAAUAACACCAAAAUAGACGCAUAUUGUAUUUUAACCGAAUCAAUCAUGAGGGAAACUUCUUCCAUCAUCGCAACAAAAUGAAAUAAAUAAACUCCACUAAAUGUCAAAAGUACCAUUUCCCAAAAAUAAUGAUCAUAUCCACAAGUUUUGUUUGUAUUAUUUUUGUUUGUUAAAGAUUGUUUUUUUGGGCAUACGUAUGUUAUACAACCGUUGCUUAUGUAUCUGUAAAAUAUACAGAAAAUGUUAAUUGAUCUAUACUCUAUUGUAUAGUCUAAACUCCAAACACAACGUGCAUAGUACAUAGGCCAUUACAUACAGUUACAAUAUAAUACGCACAACCAUCUUUCUCCCAUCAUUACUUGCCACGACCACCACAAAGGGAAGAAAUAUAUCACAAAGAGAGAGAGAAAGAGGCAGCCCAGUGGUAAAAGAUGUCAAAAGAUUGCGGUAACCACGGUGGAGGCAAAGAAGCAGCCGUCCGGCGAAUCUUAGCCGCCGUAAUAGCCUUCAUCAUAAUAGUCCUAAUCACCAUCUUCCUAGUGUGGGCCAUACUUAGACCCACCAAGCCAAGAUUCGUCCUCCAAGACGCCACAGUCUUCGCUUUCAACCUCUCGCAACCACACCUCCUCACCACAAACUUCCAGAUCACAUUCGCAUCUCGUAACCCAAACUCCAAGAUCGGUAUCUACUACGACCGUCUCCACGUCUACGCUACGUACCGGAACCAGCAGAUAACUCUCCGUACGGCGAUCCCUCCAACGUACCAAGGCCACAAAGAAGACAACAUCUGGUCUCCGUUCGUGUAUGGAACGGCUGUUCCCAUCGCUCCGUACAACUCCGUCGCGUUGGGGGAGGAGCAAGGACGUGGAUUCGUAGGGUUGAUGAUACGCGCUGAUGGGCGCGUGAGGUGGAAAGUAGGGACGUUGAUCACCGGAAAAUAUCAUAUCCAUGUUCGGUGUCCGGCUUACAUCAAUCUUGGAAACAAAGCUGCUGGUGUUAUUGUCGGUGACAAUGCCGUUAAGUAUACGUUGGUUACUAAAUGCACUGUGAACGUUUAGAACAUUGAACAACGUUAAGUUGCCUUUUUCUAUUUUUUUAAAAUAAAAUUAUUUAUAAUCAAUCAUUUUCUUUUUAUGAACUAAUUCACCAAACUUCUUUUUCCACCAGCAAGAUAAUAUUUUUGUUUCACUAGUUGUUGUUGUUAAGAUUAGUGUUGAUUACUAUAGAAUAGUACUUACAAUCACGAUGGUGUGUGGUUGGAUUUUAUUGUAAAUCCACAUAAAGCGAAAAGAUGUAUUGGUACUGGUU